AUGGAAUUAACUCGUGUUUCUGAACCUGAUAUCUCUGUGGUGAAAAAAGACAGAGACGAUGUGAAUUACCGCCUUAAAGCUGGAAUAUUUUUAACUUCUGUAACAGCUGUCUCAGCAUUAGUUGCAUUUGGAAUGACACUUGCAGCUGCUAAGAAAAAGGACCCUGUAAUGUUUGAAAAAGGAACUCGCAUUACAAGGGAUUUGCAAGAGACUGGUAUGGAUUUAGCAAUGAGAGCUUUAAAAUGGGGAACAUUUUAUGCUGUUUCUGGAUGCUCAUUGGUUGCUUUUGGAGUAUGGACACUCUCUGGUGCAUCAAAUAUGGAAGAAUUUCGCUACAAGAUGGGUAGUAUUCUACCUCAGAUUAAAAGAAAUAACCCACCCAUUGGAAGGACUGAAUUCUCUGGUAUGAAUGACCUCCUUAGUUAUGUAUCUGAAGAAUAUCAGAAAGAUACUGCAAAGCAUAACCCUAGAUAA